UUGCAAAGUUGCAUGAGCCAAGUUGUGGUGCAACUUCAGGAGGCGAUCGUGGUAGGAAUCAGAAGAGCUUUGCUCGCGUUCCGUGGCCAUGGUGUACCCAAAGCAGCCGCCCCCCCCGGGCGCUGUGGACAGCUUGAAGGACAAGGUGUUGGCGCUGCAUGACUACGAGGGCACGUGCGGCCUCUGCCUGGAGCCGUGCGACAGCACUCAAGACGAGCUCAACGCUCUGUCGUGCACCUUUGAGCCGUGCCCCUCGCCGUCUAUCUAUCAUCAGUCCUGCUUGGAGGCCUACCUCAAGAGCAUACGCCUGGACAAGCAACGAAAAACAGGGUUUGCAUGCCCCCGGAAUUGCGGCAAGGCGGCAAAGGGAGAGAAGGCGUGCCCAGGGCGGGUUUCCAAGUCGCACCCUAUUUAUGCACGGAAUGACAACAGCAAGAAGCGGCGGAAGGCCAAGAUGCCGGACCAGCUCGUGGUGCCCCCCCCAGCAGCAGCAGCAGGCAAGAAGCCGCCCCUGCCCAAGAUGUCUCCCAAGGGCGAGGAGAAGAGCCCGGGCGAGGAGGCGGGCAAAGUGGUGGCCCUGGUGCGCGGGGAGCGGGGCGGGGGCAGCAAGGCGGUGCCCAUUCUGGUGGUCAACAGCGCCAAGCAGCAAGCGGCGGCCGCACACGAGGAGGCGCGCGCAGAGGUGCUGCUCAUCCGCGCGCGCAGCGCUGCCAGCAAAGAGGGCAGCCGUACAGACGACAAGGGGGCCCAGCAGAAGAAGGGGGAGGCCGAGGCGGACGAGGAGUAUGCGCCCCCGCGGGGGCCAGCCUCCCUGGCCGACUUUGCAGUGUCUAUAACAAAGGUCAAGGGCCGCAAGGGCACGCCCGCGACUGGCUCGGCCCCCGAAGCAAAAAAGAGCAAGGAAGAGGUACCAGCCAUUGCUCCACCUGAGGGCCCACCCGCUGUUGUGGAGGCUGCGCCUGCCCCUCCCGCGAAUGGGGCGCUGCAGGCCGGCCCUGAUGCCGCCUUUGAGGCCCCUCCCUCUCCCAAAGUAGAGGAGAGCCCACGCAAGGCACUCACUGAUGGCCCCCGACAAGAGGAGGCUGCCAAGACCUUGAGGAGCCCCAGCAAGAGCCAGCGCAAGCACCAGCAGCGGCUAGCCGCUCGUCACCUGCGCGAGAAGCAGGACGCGGGCCUGCGCACCAAGGAGGGGGGCAUUGGGGCCCUCCAAGCGGGCAUCUCCUCCGCCAGUAAUGCCACAGUGGUGCCGUCGUCCGCUCUGCAGCAGCCACUAGAGACCGUGCAAGAGACAGCCGCCUUUCCGCCUCUGCCGUCCUCCAAGCCUGUUGCCCCCCCGCCGUUGGUGCCCGCCCUCCCGGCCUUGCGCCUCACGCCGCCCCCCGCAAAGGACGACCCCAUGCCAGAGCCCCCGGUGGCAGCGGCCCCAGGGCCGGAGGUGACCCUGGGCCAGGCCGACGGGCAGGCCGGGCGGGGCCAGUGGAGCACCGCCUGCGAGGCUGCCCUGCGGGAGCGCAAGAUCCAGGUCCACGCGGCGCAGCUCCAAGGGCUGGGCUACUUUUCGGAGGUGCAGUGUGUGGCGGCAGUGCGCGCCUGCGGGGCGGACCUCGGCCGCUGCUGCGACUGGCUGCUCUCCGGCGGGACCAAGGGGCCCGCUACCCCGCCCCAGCUGGACAUCAGUGCGGAGCUGUCCCGCCUGGCGGACCUUGCUGCGGCGGGCCCCAUGACCCAGGCGACUCUGGAAGCUGCUGUGUUGCGCUGCCAGGGCGACAUUGACGCGGCGCUGCGGCCUGCGUCGGGCGCUGCGGGGCCCCUCCCUGCGCCGCCCAUGUCCAUCGUGACCACCCCGGCGCUCUCGGUGGUGGCCCCGCCCGUGGCGGCAGUCAGCCCGGGGGCCGCCUCCGAGUUCGGCGCCAUCAGCCGGCCCAGCAGCAGCAGCAGCAACAGGAGCGCAGGCUCCCCCUGGGGCGGCCUGGACAGCCGCGGCAGCAGCAGCGAGGCCAGCAGUUUCUUCAGCACGUCCGCGUGGGGCAGCCUCGGCCCCUCGCUCGUGCCCAGCCCGCCCUCGCAGCCCGACGCCGGCGCCGCCUUCAGCCCCUUCGGCGGGGGCUUCCCCUCGGAGCUGUUGCGGUCCAGCUCGCUGCGCGCCGACCCUGCCCCGCCCCGCAGCACGCCUGCGUGGCCCAUCCCAGAGGGCGGCCCCGACGGCGGGGGGGGGGACUCGUUCUGCAGCCGAGACGGGUCGUUUUUGAGCCGGGGCGGCGACCCGUUUGGCAGCUUUGGCGUGCGCAGUGCCAGCAGCGUGGAGGCGUGGAGCCUGUCGGACCUGUCGGACCCGGACAGCGCGGACAGCGCGCUCAGCGAGGCGCACCAGAGCACCGUCACCUCGGUGGCCGCCGCCGUGCUGCAGGACAGCUUCGACGACCCCGUCCCACCCGCCCCGCCCGCGCCCGGCUACAGUGCGCCGUUCCCGCCCCCUGCGCUGUGGGCCGGCCACUACCAGGACGGGCCACACAUGCCGCAGCGCAUGGCGCAGCUCGGGACGAUAGGGCACCCGCAAACGGGGUUCAAGCACGGCAACCCUGGAGAGAGGACCGGGCCGCACUUCAAGACAUACGGCCCCAACGAGCCUCCCCCUGCGCUGUGGGGCUUCAACGGGAUUGCUCCUCCGCAGCCUCACCCCGGCUUUGGAGACCACGGUUUCUUUGGGGGGCCGGGGCGGGCCCCCGGGAUGCCAGCCGGGUAUGGUCGGCAGGCGGGCCCGAGCGGCCCCCUGGGGGAGGGCGGCCAGUAUGCGGCCAAUGGGCGGCAGCCACGCGGGAUGCAGUGGCGGGACGUGGGGCCCGGGCGGGGGUUCGGCCCCGAGGGGCCGCACCACUGGGCGGAUCAAGAUCGGCUGGUGACCCAGCUGUUGUCGCAACUGCUGGUGUGACAGCUCGGGGCGGUGCUACAAGCUGCCCCCGUACAUUGUAGGCCUUAGCAAGGUGCGUAAAAGGGUCGGGUAGGGAGUUGCCAUGCGUGUGCAUGUGUACAGAAGCAGUCGUUAUCCUAACCCUGUCACUGGUUUCGGCACAUACACAAAAGGUAGGCCCACUUAGAUCCACAGCUGGCUUUUGGAUUCGGCCAUGUUUGGAUAGACCACUAGCUUCGGUUGUUGAUAGUUUGGCCGUUUGCAGAACAUAUGUAUAAAUAACAGACUCUCUUAUAUCGUUUCGCGUGGUGACCUUCAGUCAUGUAACGCCUUUGAGCUUACUAAGUGUCAGUCCCCGU